AAACAAAGGAUGCGACACACUAUCUAAAGUAAUAUGCGACUACACAGGCAGUACAAACAUGAUCUAACAAAAAGAAAACCAGAAUAAAAUAGAAAAGACUUGUGUAUCGCUCAGACGCCAUCUCCUACUUUUUACAUUUGAUUUUGAUCUUGAGGAUCAACGUGAAAUGACUCUGUUUUAUUCAGGAACUGAUGGCGAGGGGGAUUGUUAAAAACUACUGGUCUCGCCCUGUAAAAGUUAUCGCAAUCUGGUUCUUCUGUGCAGUUACUUUUUAUUGUCUAUUCCAUAUGGCCCUCCGUAAUUCUAAUUCUCACAAACCUACUACUGUUUCAGAUUCAUCCAUUUCAAAUGCUGAGCAGAGGUCAAGAAUAUAUGCAAAAAUGGCUAAAGAUUUGGAUGAGAAUGGAGCUGUUUUUCUGAAACAAGGAGAAACUUCUCAGUCGUUAUCAUUGUCAGAUCUUUUUACUCUGGAGAAUGGCAAUGUAACACCUGUGCUUAAGGCUGCAAAUCCUCCAGUGCGAGCAAAUGUUUUGCAUCUGAGCCCAGAGUACUCUGUUCCAAUCUCAGAGGCUGUGAAAAGUAUAUUUUCUCCAUAUUUCAAUAAAGCAAUCUGGUUUCAGAACUCCAGCAUGUACCAUUUUAGCAUGUUCCAUGCGUCACAUCACAUAGCUCCUGUGCCUGCCACAGAAGAGGAGAUUGAAGUUGAGGCUGGUGCUGUAAAAGCUGUUGCAGAGGAUGUCUGCCCAUUAAAUAUUAUCUUAGAUAGGGUGGUUUUGACUUCAACUGGUGUGCUAGUAGGUUGUUGGCAGAUGGUCUCUGGUACAGAUCCAGUAACAAUUCGUGAUAAACUUAGAACUGCUCUUCCACGUGCUCCAGAAAAACAACUUUAUGAUAAGGCAAUGCUCCACACUUCAUUUGCAAGGCUUCUGGGUCACCCUACCAAGUUGUCUGAGGAAGAAAAUAAUAGUUCACCACUCCAAAUUUUCCACGAGCUUGUAAGGACACUGAACAACCAAAUUCGAGGAUAUCAGGCAACUGUCUCGGAGCUCUGGUACGUAGAAGAGCUUGAUGUGCUGGCACUUGCACUGAAUGGAAGAAUGAAGACUCGCAAGUUCAAACUUGGCUGUUCAAAAUCUUAAAAGGUUCCAAAGGUUCGAUUACUACUAGAUCCUUCAAAAGAUCCAGAAUUAUCCCGCUCGCAUGACCCCGACUCUUGAGAAUUAAAGAAAAGUAGAAUUUCUUGUUCUUUCCUGUUUCUUCCUGGACUUACUUUUCAAGUUUCAAUAAUCUGAACCUAAUAGCCAAACUAAAAAGUUAUAUGUAUUCUGAUGUACAUAUUUUAUUUAAAAACAGUUCUAUCUAGUGACAUUCUAGGUGGCUA